UCAGGACUGACUGGGGACCUAGAAGAAGUGAUCAAGAAAGACAGCUUUAUAGUAUCAUUAAAAGACAUAAAACCGAGGAAACGAUCCAGAGAAACCUUAUUCGCGGUAGAUUUUCCAGGAGCGGAGCAUAAGUUUAUGUUGUUGAUAGAAAGAAAAACUAGUCAAGUGAUCGUGGAGACAUUUGAAGACGGCAGAAAAACGUGUACAACACUUCACGGUUGACACGCUUCAUGAUGAUAGCCACAUCAAGUCACUGAUUCUGGCAGUAAACCAAACACACCCAGGUGCCCAUGCCACGCUCUACAUAGACUGCAUUUCUUACGGCAUGGUUGCCCUACCUAAAACCCUCAGGGACAUGUUCAGCAGUAUGAGGGAUCCUAAUCUAGAAGUGUUCCACGAGAAGAAGUACCCAGUAGAGAUCAACGGUCAUCGAGAUGUAAGAAUAGUACUCAGCAAGAACGGCUGUCCGUUACCUCUAUACUCAGAUGUAGACAGGAAAUAUGACCACAUGUACAAGGAAGAUCUAGUCAGAAGCAAUGAUUUAAUGGGUCAUGAUCCAAACAUUCAAGCCCAACAACCUGACAUGCCAUACAGGGGAGACAUUCCGCUAGUUCAUAGGAUAGAUGAUGCAUGUUCAACGUCAGUGGAUAUGCCACUAUGAUGUCCAACUGGCCAGAGUACAGAAGCAGUCG